AAAGAAUUAGUGUAAAAGGCAGAGAGAGAGGGAGGGAGGGAGGGGGAGAGAGAAAGAGAGUUUCAUGAGCAGAACUAACACUGGAAUAUUCAUAAAUGCAAUAACAACUCCCUCUUCCAAGAACUCAGCUGGAAUGAAAACUGUCUUUCACAACAAGUGUGUUAUCUACCCUCCUCUUAUGCGGACAAGAUGAUAAUGGAUUAUCAUCACUAACAGGGCUCUAUAUAGAGCAGCUUCCCCCUUCCACCGUGUUUGCCACUGUCUGUGCCUUCCGGAUCACACAGUUUUCAGCUUUGCUCUCUUUCUAGCACUGCAACACUUUUUUUUUUAACCUCUCACCUUGAUCGGAUCUGAAGCUGCAAGAGGCUCAUAUUCCAAGAUCUACAGUGAGGAAUGAAUAGCCAAGCAGACUUUCCAGGCUUUCUCUUCAACACUUCCCUGGAAAAAUCAGAGCAAUGUGGCAAGGAGACUCACAUGGAGAACAUCCUUUUUGCUAUUUUCUACCUUCUGGAUUUCAUCUUAGCCUUCAUUGGCAAUGCUCUGGCUCUAUGGCUUUUCAUCCGGGACCAGAAGUCAGACACUCCAGCCAACAUUUUUCUGAUGCAUCUUGCUGUCGCCGACCUGUGUUUUGUACUAGUAUUGCCAACUCGGCUAGUGUACCACUUUUCAGGCAACCACUGGCCGUUUGGAGAGAUUCCAUGCCGGCUCACAGGCUUCCUUUUCUACCUCAACAUGUAUGCCAGUAUUUACUUCCUCAUGUGCAUCAGCAUAGACCGCUUCCUCGCUAUUGUGCACCCUGUAAAGUCCCUCAAACUUCGCAGGUCACUCUAUGCCCAUUUGGCCUGUGCUUUCUUGUGGGUCAUAGUGGCUGUGGCAAUGGCACCCCUUUUGUUAAGUGUUCAGACAGCUGAGAUGAACAAUACCACUAUCUGCUUGCAGCUUUAUAGAGAAAAGGCUUCACGCCAUGCUCUAGUGUCCCUGGCUGUGGCAUUCACCCUUCCGUUUGUUACUACAGUGACUUGCUACUUAUUGAUUAUACGAAGCCUGAAGAAGGGGAACCGAAUUGAGAAUCAUCUAAAGGAAAGAGCCAUCAAAAUGAUCAUCAUGGUUCUUAUGAUCUUCUUAGUUUGCUUUGUGCCUUAUCACAUCAACCGCUACAUUUAUAUCCUCAAUUAUGAUGGCAUGAAGACCUCCUGUGAAAUGCAGCGGAUUCUGGCUCUUGGCAAUCGCAUCACUUCCUGUCUCACCAGUCUAAAUGGUGCCUUGGAUCCCGUCAUGUAUUUCUUUGUGGCUGAAAAGUUCAGAGAGGCCUUGUGUGGCUUGUUUUGCAGCAAAAGGUCAGCAAGGCUACCAUCAAGUUAUGAUGGGAAAACAAAUGAUAGCUCCUUAAGUGCUAAAUCUGAACUGUAAAAAGAUUAAAACAACUACUUUUUUUAAAAAAGGACUUUUCUAUCUAACACAAUUAUAUCACCUAAAAAGCAGAUCAGUGUAUCUCCAAGAAUAUAAACACUUAUCAUAUUUCACAUUUACGGCAAUAUUUGAAACAAUUUUAAUGAAGCGAAGGAAAUAUUGUGCUGGAUGCCACACUCAAAACAUUUCUGGCUCAUGCCAUAUACGACAGAAAGUGUUCUCCUUUCCUCUUUGUUCUGGUCUUCCUUAUUUUCUUUUAACCUACUGCUCCAUUCUAAACUCGCAUUACUUAGGGGCAGGUUCUGGGUUUGGAAAGGAAAGAAGGGGCUUUAGGACCAUCUAAGCCAAGCUAUCCUCUACCUAGGGUUUUAGGGCAUUCAACUGGUAGAAAUACGGCUGGCCGUAGGUUUACACCCACAGAGGUUUGCAUGGUUAUAUUAGGGCUUUCAUGGCCUCCUGCAUCACAAUUCCUCUCCAUGAGAGGUACCUGCAUCUCAUCCUAACCUGGAUGUCAGGUCAUAGAAAUGUAUGCAUGUAUAUCAGUGGUUCGCAACCCGUGGGUCCCCAGAUGAUUAGGCCUUCAACUCCCAGAAAUCCUAAUAGCUGGUAAACUGGCUGAGAUUUCUAGGAGUUGUAGGCCAAAACAUCUGGGACCCAUAGGCUGAGAACCACUGAUAUAUAUCACUGGAAAGUACUAAUUUCCAGAAAACCGUAUUGUCAGAGUAUACAGAUAUCACUAGCAUUAAAACAUGUGGCGUAAAUGUUGCACUUCUGCUGCCUGAUAUUAAUACAAAUAAUUGAAUAACUGGAGUUUGAGGAAUAAAGUUCUAAACAGUCAGCAUUAUAUUAAAAAUCUGCAUCAAAGCAUAUCUGCAGCAUAUAUUGCUCUAAACAAGUAGACUGUAUAGCUAAGAUUUGAUAGUAAUUAUAUGUGCAUGCUUUUUCCUUUACUCUUAUUCGGUACAUUCUGAAAGGAUUUUCCUGUCAACUAACUCUCCAGUUUUUCAAAUCUGAGGAAACUGAGAAAGGUAAGCAAAUCUGCAGUCUGAGCUUGGAAAAUAUCAUGAACUUUGUUGUGGCAACGAUAAGAAAAGGAACUCUUCAGAGCCUCUACCAAGUCAGCUUCAACAAAGGAAGAAUAUUUGGAUCAUGUUACAACAGAAACAAUUGGCUGACUUGUCGAAGGCUUUCAUGACCAGAAUCACUGGGUUGCUGUGAGAUUUCCGGGCUGUAUGGCCAUGUUCCAGAAGCAUUCCCUCCUGACAUUUCACCCACAUCUAUAGCAGGCAUCCUCAGAGGUUGUGAGGUCUGAGGAUGCCUGCCAUAGAUGAGGGUGAAACAUCAGAAGAUAAUUCUUCUGGAACAUGGCCAUACAGCUCGGAAAACUCACAGCAACCCAAUUAUCUGACUUUUUGUCUAAGUAUAAUAUUGAUAUAAAAUAUCACCAUACUAUUUAAAUCACUUUUUUGUUACAACGUAGGCUGAUAAUACAAUCUUUAACAACACAUUUAGAACAAUUAUUUAGCACAACUCAUUUUAUUUUAUGUUUAUGUUUUUAUGUGUACAAAUUUUUAAUGAAUCUCUCUUGUAUUCAUCUGAUAUACGCAGACAAUUCAAUUCAAACUUUUCUACAAAUCACUAAUUAAUUCAAUUUAACAGCUUUGAACAAGUUGUUCUUAUUCAGACUGAACUUAACAUAUCCACCUGAACAAAUCAAAUAUCUUUAGUUACAAAAAGGUACACUAGUACUUCUAUCUCUGUGGCAAUGUAAUAUUACUGCAAUUUUGGUACAUCAGGUUUUUGCUGUAAUUUUAUAUGGUAUUGUUUACACCUCUGAUCACAAGUACAUGCAUGCUGCACAACAAAUUUGUUGUUCAGAAGUCAUAUUUUCUAUAAUACCUGCCUAGGGGUCACACUGUGGAUUCAUGUGCAGUUUGGAUUUUACCUAUGGAAUUUUGACUGCUUUUUUACAAUGUAUAUUACCUUGAUAAACAUAUUUUCCAACUAUUGUAUCAGGGAUACCAGCCAUUAAUUCAUCAUCUUUUAAAUCAAUUUGCUACUAACCAGUUCAUGAAGGUUAAAUGAAAAUCAUGAGAAGGCUGUUGCAGAGGACUCAUACUAUAAAAUAAUAUAUGUAAUUUGGGCAAAGAAGCUGGACAGUGAAGUAAGAUGACAGAGAAUAAACUUCUUUGAAAUAUGGCACUGGAAAGUUCUGUGGAUACCAUGGGCACCAAAUGAUCAACAAAUGGGUCCCAGAGCAAAUCCAACCUGAACAUUUCCUAAAAUCCAGAAUAAACAAACUGAGUUGAUUUUACUUUGGCUGUAUCAUGAGAUGACAUAAUUAAUUAGAAAAUAUGAUAGUUCCAAUUCUGUAUCUCCUACUUAGCUACAUAAUCACUUCAGAUAGCUAAGUAGUAUCUCCCAGUCAAACACCUACCUGCCCAUCCUCACUUACUGGGAGCUACUGGGAAUGACGGGAGUCUGUUAUCCUGUCAGUUGGGAAGCCACUGCUUGAUGUUUCCACUCCCAUUUGUGAAUGAUCUCUGGUGCAAGUCAGCUGGCUUCUUGUGACAAUUCCUUCUUGUUUCAGAGACCACUCACAGACGGUGAGUGGGGUGGAAAUGUUAGUCAGCUGCUUCUCAAUUUGACAGGUGAACAGACCACUGUUGCUUGCACCAGCUACUGCCCAGUAAAUGAGAACUGGGGGGCUUUCAUAUUUCCUAAACUAGUUAAUAUGCAGGAAUUGUGAAUACAAACUUGUGAAUACAAACUCUAUUAAUUGAUCAGUCUGGAAUGCUAGGAACCCAAAAGUUCAGUUCUGAAUGUUGUUACAGUGAUUCACUGAAAGUCUUUUUCUGUAUGCCAUUCUCCAUAUUAUUAUUUCCUUUAUCUUUGUAUUUUGCUUUCUUUUCUAACAUAGUAUACAUUAAAAUGCAUAAGAGAGUAAAAGUC